CUUUCAUCUCCAACGAUGGUCAAUAAAAGUCCACAAUUUAUUGUUUUAUCCACAUCUUGUUUCAACUCUUCUCCAGGUUUCCUUGAGCUCCAGAGAACAUGUCGACCAUGGUGUACCCACGAGAAGAGAAGCUCGAGAAGCUCUCCCAGGAGGAGAUCAUCUCCAACACAAAGCUGGUGAUCCAGGGUCUGGAGGCUCUGAAGAACGAGCACAACUCGAUCCUCCACAGCCUGCUGGAGACCAUCAAGUGCCUAAAGAAGGAUGAAGAGGCCAACCUGGUCCACGAGAAGUCCAAUCUGCUCCGCAAGUCAGUGGAGAUGAUUGAACUGGGCCUGGGAGAAGCGCAGGUGAUGAUGGCCCUGUCCAACCACUUGAACGCCGUGGAGUCCGAGAAGCAGAAGCUGCGCGCGCAGGUGAGGAGGCUCUGCCAGGAGAACCAGUGGCUGCGCGACGAGCUGGCCAACACCCAGCAGAAGCUGCAGAAGAGUGAGCAGAACGUGGCCCAGCUGGAGGAGGAGAAGAAGCACCUGGAGUUCAUGAACCAGCUCAAAAAGUACGACGAAGACGUCUCGCCCACUCAGGAGGAGAAAGACAAAGAGACACCAAAGGACAACUUGGACGACCUCUUCCCCAACGAUGAAGAGGAGCAGGGUCAAGGAAUGCAGCACCAACACAACAGUGCGGCUGUAGCUGCAGCCCAGCAGGGCGGCUACGAGAUUCCAGCUCGCCUGAGAACCCUGCACAACCUCGUGAUCCAGUACGCCUCGCAGGGCAGGUACGAGGUGGCGGUGCCCCUCUGCAAGCAGGCUCUGGAGGACCUGGAGAAGACCUCUGGACACGACCAUCCUGACGUUGCCACCAUGCUCAACAUUUUAGCCUUAGUCUAUAGGGAUCAAAACAAAUACAAAGAGGCAGCUCAUCUGCUCAACGAUGCGCUCUCCAUCCGUGAGAAAACCCUGGGCAAAGACCAUCCAGCCGUCGCUGCAACGUUGAACAACUUGGCUGUGCUGUACGGAAAGAGAGGGAAGUACAAAGAAGCCGAGCCUCUGUGUAAGAGGGCUCUGGAGAUCAGAGAAAAGGUUCUCGGGAAGGACCACCCAGAUGUGGCCAAACAGCUGAACAACCUGGCUCUCCUGUGCCAGAAUCAGGGCAAAUACGAGGAGGUGGAAUAUUAUUACUGCCGUGCCCUGGAGAUCUACGAGUGCAGGCUGGGCCCGGAUGAUCCCAACGUGGCCAAAACCAAGAACAACCUGGCGUCCUGUUUCCUGAAACAGGGGAAAUACAAGGAGGCCGAGAUCCUCUACAAAGAGAUUCUGACCCGCGCUCACGAGAAGGAGUUUGGAUCUGUGGAUGCUGAGAACAAGCCCAUCUGGAUGCACGCAGAGGAAAGAGAGGAGAUGAGCAAGGGCAAACACAGAGACAACACCCCGUAUGGAGAGUACGGCGGCUGGUACAAGGCCUGCAAAGUCAACAGCCCUACAGUGAACACCACCUUGAGGAACCUGGGCGCCCUGUACCGCCGGCAGGGCAAGCUAGAGGCUGCAGAGACCCUGGAGGAGUGCGCUGUGAGGUCUCGCAAGCAGAGCAACACAGGCAUCGAUCCAAUCCACCAAACACGCGUGGUGGAGCUCCUGAAAGAUACGGAGGGAGACAGGCGGAGGAGCAGAGACAGCCUGACCAGCGUUAAGUAUGAGAGCGGCUCUGAGACCGGCGAGGAAGUGAGUAUGGGCGUGGAGUGGAACGGGGACGGCAGUGGAGCCCUGCAGCGCAGCGGUUCUCUGGGAAAACUCAGAGAUGUUUUACGUCGCAGCAGCGAGCUGCUGGUGAAGAAACUUCAGGGCAAUGGACCUCCAGAACCCCGCAGCACAAACAUGAAGAGAGCCGCCUCCUUGAAUUACCUGAACAAAACGAGCGAUGACUCAUUCCAGGCUCGAGGACGCGGUAACUUCGGGGUGAGCCGGGGCCUGAGCUCCAGCACUGUGGACCUUUAUACAGGAAACUGAGCCGCAGCAGCUGAGCCUCCAAGAUGGCCGCUGACACGCCCACACAGCGUCAGCACCUCCGUACUCCACAGAACUAACAGCAUCGGAUCCAAACACACGUCCUCCCUGAGUCAAAGACUUUUGCACAAAAAGGACCAGCUAUAGGCUCCUCUGUUUUUAGAAGCCACGGCUUCAUUUUCUGAUUUUCG